CGAACGACCCAAACCAAAGAACAAGAACAAAAUUUGAAUUCAUAAACUAUUUGAAUUUUACAAUAACAAAAAAAUUAAUUGAAAUAACAUCCCUCAUAUUUGGUAAAAAGAUAAUGCUAGGGUACACCUCUGUCAUUUUAUUGAUAAAAAAGUGGGAAAGUUGCUCUAACAAAUAACAAUCGGCUUGAAUUUCACUUAUCCACAACUUUCAUUAGCCGCGCGGGGGGAGCACCUGGACAACAAUGGCCGCUUCUUCAUCUGUAACCCCUACUCUGUCGUCGGCAUCUUCCCUCUUAUCCAAGCCACCAUUGAUUCACCCUUCUUCUCCUUCACGAAUCGCCUUCAAGAUCUUCACGGGUGCCUCAAGGCCUCUGCUGCACUACGCGGAGAGGAGCAAACAUUCCGAGAUGCCCGCCAAUGCGCAGACUUUUGAGUUCUACGAACCAUUGUUCCAAGCCGAGUUCAUAGACAGUGAAGAGCCGCCGUCUAUUCCUCCGUGGAGCAUUUCGCUUACAGAAGAUAGAGAGGAGCCCCAGUGUCCUCCAGGGCUGAAGCAGUAUGAAACGAUGAUAAUUCUUAGGCCCGACGUGACUGAAGAUGAGCGCCUAACUCUCACCCAGAAAUAUGAAGAGUUGCUUGCUGCUGGGGGCGGCAUGCAUGUGGAGGUGUUCAACCGGGGGAUUGUUCCUAUGGCUUACGAAAUUAAGAAGAAAAACAUAGCAGGAGAGUCCAACACAUACUGGGAUGGGAUAUAUCUCUUGUUCACAUACUUCACCAAACCAGAGUCUAUGGCAGCACUAAGCGCAACACUGGACGCCGAUGAUGAUGUCAUCCGUUCAUCUACUUUCAAGAAAAGGAAAAGGAAGUAUUGAUUUGCCUCUUUACGUUGUGUUCUUUGAAGCAAACGGCUAUAUAAUCACGCACGGUUAUAUGAAUAUGCAAUGUGAGUGGUGUAUUAUAAAGCAACAACUCAUUCUUUUUUUCCUUUCCCCUAGUGUUUGAUUGGUUUCGUGUUUUGAAGCUGUUGUGCAUAUUGAUGUCUUAUUGGUAUAUGAGAGGGAAUCUGAUUGAUCCCCACAUUAUUGGUACAAUGUUUUUCUUUAAAAGAAAAAGUGGAAUUUUGU